GCCGUUGGGGCGACACUCUAGAGGGCCAACACAGGAGCCGCCGUCGUGUGGUGGGGGGCUGGAGGGCCACCUUGCAGCCCACCCUGGUCUGAACCCCAGCCCGGGAGGCGGGCGGGGGCGGGGGGAGUUGUGCGCGCCUUGUUGGAGGGUUCUCUGGAGUGACCUGAGCCCCACACUCUGCGCCACCAGGGACGCCAGCAGUAAGGCUCGGACCCUCGCCGUCCCACCGGCCCUUCCAGUUUCUGCUGGUCGGAGUCCUCAGUCCGGCCGCUGCGGCCCCUCCCCUGCGGGACCCUGGGUCCGGCGCCCUGACGACCAGGAGCAUGGAGCCCUUCCUCAGGAAGCGGCUGAACUUCCUGUCCUUCUUCUGGGACAAGAUCUGGCCUGUGGCCGCGCCAGACGAUGGCGUCCCGGGGUUCCCCAACCCUGCGGCCAGUGCUGAGCCAGAGCCCCCCGCCACAGAGCCCUGCAGCCCCCUGGAGCCCACGAAGCUCUUCCAGGCGCUCUACGACUUCAGGGCGCGGUGCUCAGCCGAGCUGAGUGUCAGCCGCGGGGACAGGCUCUACGCCCUCAAGGAGGAGGGCGACUACAUCUUUGCCCGCAGGCUCUCUGGCCCGCCCAGUACUGGGCUGGUACCCAUCACCCACCUGGCCAAGGCCACCCCGAGGACGCUCUCAGACCACCCCUGGUACUUCAGCGGCAUCAGCCGCGCCGGGGCCCAGCAGCUGCUCCUGUCCCCGGCCAAUGCACCGGGUGCCUUCCUCAUUUGGCCCAGUGAGAGCAGCCACGGGGACUACUCGCUAUCUGGUACCGGACGACCGCUCGCGCCCCUGUCCCCGCACUGGCCUUGGGGUGGGGGCUCCCCAGGCUUUGCUGGCCCCACGUCAGGCCUGGUCACCUCACGCGUCCGCUCGCCUGCUGGUCCGUCCACCUGCAGGCUCACUACCUGCCCCCCACCCCUCGUUCCCUCGCCUGCCCACCCCCACCACGGCUCGCUCCUCACUCACCCUCCCUUCCUUGGUCCGCUCACUCUCGGACUCAUCCACGCGCCGGGGGGCCACCGAGUGUCCGCCCUGGGCCCUGUCACUGCCCCUCCGGCUUGUAGCUGCCCACACUCCCUCCUUUCCCAUGAGACCCAAGGAAGGUUGGGUGCUGACCUGCUUCCCUGGCCCGGGUGCUGGGAGGGUCUGGGGCAGGCUGCGGCAAGACGCGGCCCUCACCUGCGUGCACCCCCAGUGCGCGCGCAGGCCAAGGUCCGCCACUACCGCAUCUCCACGGCCGCCGACGGUCUCUACCUGCAGAAGGGCCGCCUCUUCCCCAGCCUGGAGGAGCUCCUCGCCUACUACAAGGCCAACUGGAAGCUGAUCCGGAACCCACUGCUGCAGCCCUGUGUGCCCCAGGGAGCAGCAAGCAGAGGUAUGGAGUGCCCCCCGCCCCCUCAGAAGCUCCCCCAGCAGGACGAGUGGGAGCGGCCUCACUCCGAGUUUGCCCUGCGGAGGAAACUGGGUGAAGGCUACUUCGGGGAGGUGUGGGAAGCCCUGUGGCUUGGCUCCACACCAGUGGCGGUCAAGGUCAUUAAGUCAGCCUACAUGAAGCUCGCAGACCUCAGCAAGGAGAUCCAAACACUCAAGAGCCUGAAGCAUGAGCGUCUCAUCCGGCUGCACGCUGUGUGCUCCAUGGGCCAGCCCGUGUACAUCGUCACCGAGCUCAUGCGCAAGGGCAGCCUGCAGGCCUUCCUGGGGAGCCCUGAGGGGCGGGCCGUGGGCCUGCCUCUCCUGCUGAGCUUUGCCUGCCAGGUGGCUGAGGGCAUGAGCUACCUGGAGGACCGGCGCAUUGUGCACCGCGACCUCGCGGCCAGGAACGUGCUCGUGGGCGACGACCUGGCAUGCAAGGUGGCUGACUUUGGCCUGGCCCGGCUGCUCAAGGAUGACAUCUACUCCCCAAGCAGGGGCUCCAAGAUCCCCGUCAAGUGGACGGCGCCCGAGGCAGCCAACUACCGCAUCUACUCCCAGAAGUCGGACGUCUGGUCCUUUGGAGUUCUCCUCUACGAGGUCUUCACCUAUGGCCAGUGUCCCUAUGAAGGACUGAGCAACCACGAGACCCUGCAGCAGGUCACGCGAGGGUACCGGCUGCCGCGCCCAGCCUCCUGCCCGGCGGAGGUCUACACGCUCAUGUUGGAGUGCUGGAAGGGCAGCCCCGAGGAGCGGCCGGCCUUCGCGACGCUGCAGAAGAAGCUGAAUGCGGCCCAUAGGCGCCUCGCCCCUGCCCACACGUGACCUGGGGCACUGGACACAGGGGCUGGGGCCGCUCCCCCCUGCCCGGCGUGUCCCCCCAGGAUGAGGCUGGCUGUCGACCCAUGCAGGGGUGCCAGCGGCCUGGAACGGCCUCUGGUUGUGGGCCUCGCACCCUGACACACGUGCUGACCAGCACACACGUGUGCGCGGAAGACAGACACACGCAGACACCCACUCAGGAGGGGCAGGUGUCCCUGGCCGGGUAAGAUCUCGGCAUAGCAGUCGGGGUGGGACCUGUAUGGAUUCUGGCCUCGGGGAUUUGCUGGACAGAGAAGCCCUGAGCCUGGUCCACGGCCCCCUGCCCACACCUGUGGCCCCGGGCAGCAGCCAGAGACAGGGCUCCCCGGUUUUCUGCCAAGUCCCCCGUGGCCGAUGCUGGGAACGCAGA